UUGGAUUUUUUACAGGAAUACGGGUUGUCAGCACAGUGGACGUUCACUGGAGCGUUUCUCUAUUCCUUAACAGUCAUAACAACGAUUGGCUAUGGUAACACAUCCGCCAAAACAUAUUUCGGCAAAACUCUUACUAUUUUAUUUGCUAUAAUUGGCAUACCUCUAAUGUUGCUUUUUUUGACGAAUAUUGGUGAUGUAAUGGCAAAGAUUUUUCGAUUUUUCUAUGCACGAUCAAUACGGCUUAAAUAUCGCCUCAUUUUAUGGCAUAAACGACGAAAAGCUGCUGAACUGCGCCGUGCUAAUUCGCUUGGCGUAAAGAUGGAUUCAUCAAUGGAUUCGUUCGGGCUCGGUGCCGAUGUUCAGGAUUUGCUGACUGCUCGCGCACAAAUCGAACAGCUCGAAGUAAAGGAGAGUGUAGAAGCGCAGUUGCAGCGGAUAUCAGUACCAUUGAGCCUAGUGUUUUUCACAAUGUUUGCUUAUCUAGUUGCCGGUUCCGUUUUGUUCUGUUUGUGGGAAGGAUGGACAUUCCUCGACAGCUUCUACUUUUGCUACAUCUCAUUGACGACCAUUGGAUUUGGUGACAAAUUUCCUGGGGCGUCAGUGGGGAAUGACAAAGAUGCACAAAAGAAACUUGUGAUAACUUCUGUAUAUCUUUUGUUUGGAAUGGCACUGUUAGCGAUGUGCUUCAAUCUGGCGCAGGAGGAGGUAAUUUCUUGGCUUCUUCCAAUAAUUGCUGAUUGAUU